CUGCUUUGUUUGGGAGGGUGAGCAGAGGAGAGAGUGCUACAGGUAGAGAUGACAACCCAGAAGCCUCCUGUUCGGGGGAGAACCACAGAAGUUUGCCCGGCCUCCAGGAAGGGAGCAUUUGGAAGGCCCUAAAGAAAACUAGGCUUUCCUGGGGCGGCAGCAGAUGAAGAAAAUAGCCGUGCCUUGGAGAUCCUGAGUGAAAGGGGCCAUGAUGGGCCCGGAGCCACCUCCACCUCUUCUCCUCCUUUUUACCUGGCUCCCAGCAGGAUGCCUCUCUUUGCUGGUGACGGUGCAGGAUACCGAACGCUACGUCACAUUGUUUGCCUCCAUCGUCCUCAAGUGUGAUUAUACCACAUCUGCCCAGCUGCAGGACGUGGUGGUCACCUGGCGCUUCAAGUCCUUCUGCAAGGACCCAAUCUUAGAUUACUACUCUGCGUCAUAUCAAGCGGCUUUAGCUCUGGGCCAAGACCCAUCCAAUGAUUGCAAUGACAGCCAAAGAACUGUCCGAAUUGUGGCUCAGAGGCGUGGACAGAAUGAGCCAGUUUUGGGUGUGGAGUACCGGCAACGCAAGAUUACUAUCCAGAACCGAGCAGAUCUUGUGAUUAAUGAGGUGAUGUGGUGGGACCAUGGAGUCUAUUACUGUGCCAUCGAGGCUCCAGGGGACACCUCAGGAGACCCAGAUAAGGAAGUGAAGCUCAUUGUUCUCCACUGGCUGACGGUGAUUUUCAUCAUCCUUGGUGCCAUCCUCCUCAUCGUGCUGGUCAGUGUGUGCUGGUGCCAGUGUUGUCCCCAAUAUUGCUGCUGCUAUGUCCGCUGUCCUUGCUGUCCAAGACGGUGCUGCUGCCCUGAGGAAGCCCUGGCCCGGCAUCAGUAUAUGAAGCAGGCUCGGGCACUAAUCCCCCAGAUGAUGGAAAAACCCCUCUACUGGAGAGCUGACAGGAGCUCCCAGGUUUCAUCUUACCAAAUGAACCCGCUGCUGCAGCGAGAUUUGUCCCCACCGGCCAGCUUCCCUCAGAUGCCAGUGCCCCCAACUCCAACUCACCCCCCUGCUGCCAAUGGAGUGCUAGAGUACUUAGAGAAGGAACUGCAGAAACUCAACCCUGCCCAGUCCCUCCCAGCAGACCACAAAGCAAGAAUCGGUCGUCACUUCAGCAUGUUGUCCUCCCUGGGUUCAGAAAUCGUGGAACGCAGGAUUAUCCACCUUCCCCCCUUAGUCACAGACUUUCCCUCCUCCCAGAGGACCAGUGAAUCAUCUCACCAGCAGUUUUCCAGGCGACCUUGGGCUCUGGAGGAAGUGAAAGAGGAGAGAAGACAGAAUCAUUCCUCUGAUUUCCGUCGAGGGUCCUUGGAACCAUGGCCAAAGCCCAAAGCCUCAGAGCGUAGGGCUCGUGAGAACUAUAAGAGUGGGAGACGUUGGAACUCUAGGGAGGAAGUCUCACCCAAGUCCAGGCCAUACUCUGGUAGCCUGAGUGAUGAUGGGUCCUAUUCCCAGGAGACCCACUGGCGCCCCAACCACUCAACACAACGUAGCCGCUCGCCAGGGAGGCGCCAUCGGUCAGGCCAAAGGCAGAGCACCUACAGGCACCGCAGCCACCGACACCGAAGCUAUUCCCCGCCAUCUUGCCACAGCUCUUGGAGUUCAGAAGAAGAGAAGGAACGGCAGUAUCAUCAAGGCUGGAAAUCCCACCGUCCUCCUCAACCCCCAAGCUGGACAGAAGAGAAGCCACCGAGCUACCGCUCUCUAGAUGUCAUUCCAGGCAAGAAUGUCAGGAAAAAAGGGAAUGUGGAAAGGCGUUCGGAGAGAGAAAGCUCCCAUAGUGGAAGGAGUGUCAUCAUCUAAUACCUGGGAUCUCCUUCUUGGCUCUUCUAUCAUGAUAGACAACAGUGAAUUUUCUGAUUCAGAAGCCCUGGCGAUUCUGAACUUGUGCUUCUGGAUUGGACCUCAGGAACCAAGCUGAAGUGGCAUGGUGGCUUGAGACUACUACAUUUGACUUUUGGCUUCUCCUUUCAUUCAUUCAACAAGCAGUUAUUAAGUGUCUACUGUGUGCUGGCUAUUGUUCUAGGCACUGAGAAUACAAAGGCAAAAUCAGCCAAUUAACAAGCAUUUAUUAAAUUGCUACUGUGCUUUAUAAGCACAGACCCAGGCAGUGGAGUUACAAAGACAGACAAUAACGAGGAUAUAGGUCCAACCAAGAACUGAGUUUCAUGAGUCUUCAACUCAGUUACAUGUAUCAGAACCAAGGGUUAAUCUCAGUCAGAACUCAGGAAGCUUGAUGAAGCAAUUGAACACCCAAAAGGAACAAGAGACAGCCUAUGGGUGCCUCCAUGUAUACAGCAGCUCUAAGCGAUAGUUAUAAGGGGAGUAUUUUGUUGAAACUUAGUCUCCACCUGUUUCAUCCCUAGAUUUAUAACCUCAUGGUUCUUUCUAUUUUAGGGUUGCAUCAGUUGAAAGGUAUUGCCCAAGGGAAAAUAAAAGACUGCGAUGAUAGUUA